AUGGCGCUAAUCCCGCCUCGAGAGGAUGCUUUGUCUGGAGGGUUCUCAACCAGUCUCUCAGAUUCUCGCGGAGAAAAAAGGCCUCUGCCAAGAGGGACAGCUGCGUAUCCCCGCAAAAGAGCCGUCACGGCCUGCCAAGUGUGUCGGGCCAGACGUACAAAGUGCGACAAUCGGAAGCCGUCCUGCUCGUUUUGCCUGAAAGUGGGCGCAGAGUGUAUACAAUCUCCAGUCGAUUUAUCCAGUUUUGACCCAGCGAGCAUCCAGAUCAUAGAGCGGUUGAACCAACUGCAGUCGGCUGUGGGGCGAUGCGAGACUGGGAUCCAGCACCUGGCCGGGGGUAGGAAGGCCCUGUCAGCAGAAAACUUUCACGGAUCUGAAAUUAGCUCGCCACAGUCGACAUCCGCUCCCAUUGACUGGGACCGACUACUACCUCCGUCCAUUGAGAUCAUCUGUCGGUGGCCCACCCUGGGUUUAGCCGGGACAGAGUACCUUCUCAGCACCUCCACCACAUCUCCAGGACAUUCGGAACGAGAGUCCACUGUCAGUAUGGAUGAUCUGCAGCCACGGCUAAUGAGGGCGUUGGUUGACAGAUUCUUCCAAUACGUGCACGUGAAGAACCCCAUACUCAAUGAGCGCUCCACGCGAAGGCUAUUCUCGACUUUCUGCGAAGAAGGAUUAGACUGGUCUCCGGAAUCAUGCCUUGCUUUACUUGUCCUUGCUUUGGGAGCAACAGCAACCCCUUUCGAGGAUGAGAGCCUUGGAAGGAAGGAUCCUGAAACUCUCAGCCACGCUCGAUGUUUCUACAAAGCAGCCCAGAAGCGACUUGGAACACUAAUUGGCACACCCAACCGCGUGCUCGAGGCCCAGUGCUUUUUUCUCUCUGGUGUUUGUGCAAUGACGUUCUUCCAAAGAGACAUCGCUUGGCGAUUUUUCUUACAGGCAUUGGCCUGUUGUCAGCAGUUCCGAUUCCGUCUGCUGGAAGGUUCAGACGAGCAGCUCAGAGCCAGUGCAUCCCCGAUCGGCGAAUCGAGCCUCAGCGUACAAGAAAGAUCACUCACGACGGAGCAAGCAAUCUACUGGUCUGCCUGGAAAUCCGAACGAGAAUUACGCCGAGACCUUCAAGCGCCCGACUUUACACUGUCACAGGCUGAAUUCGCCAUUUAUCCCCCGUUCUUUCCGACGCCACCGGCAAUCGAAGAAGAACGACACCACGGAACAGUCGAUAAGGUGCACCAACUAUCAUGGUACUUCUAUUUGUCGGAAAUAUCCCUUCGUCGGUUAGCGUCAUGCAUAGUAAAAGGGAUCACGCAAUUUCAAUCGUCAGGGGAGCCAUUUCUAGAAGCACUAGCAAGGGCAACGACCCUGCAUGAAUCGCAAGCGCAGGAAUGGGCCUCGAACCUUCCCCAACUGGUUUCUAUUGCAGGGCUCCCUCAAGAUGAUAAUAUCUGCCAAUUUGUCCUGCGAGGCCAUCUCAUGGACCUCUAUGUAUGCAUCUUUUGGCCGUUCGUUGACGCUCUCCUUCGGGGCUUCCGCAGCCAAAGUGUUCUCGAAAUGAGUCUCAAAGGUCUACGGACACACGUAGACACAAUCUUGGUAAACUACGUGGGAUACAAGCAUCGGCAUCACGGCACGUCACUUUUGCUUCGUUCGUGUGCUCGGAGUGCACUGGUCCUUGUAGCUGCAGCCUUGACGGCUAAACAGCAAGGAGUGGACGCGGGUAGAAGUUUUAGCAUGGUAGCUGGCUGGCGUGAGGCUGUUUUGCUGGCUCUGGAAAUGAACCGGUAUUGGGAGGCGGAAUCUAUGGAUAAUGGCUUUCUCGUUCGCGUAGUGCAGCAAGCGUGGGAGCUGGUGGAGGAAUUGGAUGGGUUGAGGCAACUCGUGUCGCGGAGUGUCGCAGAUCGGCGCCUUGGAAUGCUUGGCUUCGGGGGCAUACAACCUGCACAACUACAGAAGCCUAUCGGGUAUUUAUUCCUCUAA